UCGGAAGCAGGUUCGGUGCCAAGCUUUUCGCUUCCAUAUUAGAGAAAGAAACUAAGAGAAAACAGAGGGAGAAACUGAGAGAAAGUGCGAGAAAAUCUUCUGAAAACCAAACAACAAAAUUCUCUCUCUCAAUCUCUCGGUUCUGCAGAGAGAUCAAACACGAGAAAGAAGACUCAAAAAAUUAAAAGAAAAGAAAAAAGAAACCCGUAUUGGUUUCUGUUUGAACCGUCGUUUGUUUAUGGAGAGAGCUAUUAUCGCAAGAUAAAGGAACCAUAUGGGUUAUACUGGGGUUCUUUUUGGAUUCUGGUUUUGAUGUUAAGUAGGAAAUAAUUAGAUUUUGAGAAUUGGGUCUGGGUUUUUCUUCGUUGGUUUUGAAUUCAACGGUUAGUUUUCCUGGGAAUGUCGACGGACCAGGCUUUGCAGCUCUCUGCAGCGUCAAUUGUAGAAGAUGUCCUUCAACAGCAGAGGAAGAGUGGUGUUGAUUUUUAUUCCAUGGUUAAUUCAAGAAAAACCGAGGAAGCUUCUUUUAGACGAAAUGAAGCUGCUAGGUGGCUGAGAAGGACGGUUGGUGUUGUUGGGGGUAAAGACUUGCCAGCAGAGCCAUCUGAAGAAGAAUUCAGACUUGCAUUACGAAGUGGAAUAAUCCUUUGCAAUGUCCUUAACAAGGUUCACCCUGGUUCAGUGCAAAAAGUUGUCGAGAGUCCGGGUCAUUCUGUUCUUAUUCCUGAUGGGAAUGGUCUAUCUGCAUUCCAGUACUUUGAAAAUGUUAGGAACUUCCUUGUAGCUAUGGAAGAAAUGGGGCUUCCAACAUUUGAUGUCUCGGAUUUGGAACAGGGAGGUAAAUCUUCAAGGACUGUGAACUGUGUUCUAGCAUUGAAGUCUUACAGUGAGUGGAGACAGGGUGGUGGGAAUGGAUCAUGGAAAUAUGCUGCGAAUGCAAAACCACCAAGCUCAGGACCAGGGUCUGCAGGGAAGCAAUUUGUUCGAAAAAAUUCAUCCAUGAAUUCCAUUGUAAGGUCUCUAUUGGAGAAAUCUGUAGAUAGCUUGGCCAGUGAGCAGUCUGACACCUGUGAAGCAGAUACCACCACUAGUCCCAUUUAUUCACUAGUUCGUGCAUCACUUUUGGAUAAGAAGCCAGAAGAAAUUCCAAUGAUUGUGGAAUCUCUGUUAGGUAAAGUCAUGGAGGAGUUUGACGGUCAAUUAGCAAGCCAAAAUGAACUGAUUAAAUCAAUUCCAAAAGAUGCAGAAGAAUCUGGCCCUAGCCGUUCUCUUUCAAUAACUUCUUUUGAUCCCAAGGUUGAAGCUGAAGCCCCAGCAAUUAAGGAUGAAGUGGAAGCUUUAAUAGAUGUUGAAGUAGAAGGUUCAAUGGUGAAGGCUGAGGUAGAAUCUCCAGCAGUGAAGGUUGAGGAUGCAACUCCUAUUGAUAAAAGGAGCGAAGAAGAAUCUUCGAAUAAAAUAGAAAAAGAGGAACAAGACAAUCAAAUGUUGGUUGAACAACAGCAACGAGCUGAGGAAUCAGAUGGUCGUUUGUUGAAAUUGAAACAGAAAAUACUGAUUGAACAACAACAAAGAGGUGAUGAAACAGAAGGUCGUCUUAUGAAAUUGAAACAGAAAAUACUGAUUGAACAACAACAAAGAGGUGAUGAAACAGAAGGUCGUCUUAUGAAAUUGAAACAGAAAAUGUUGAUUGAACAACAACGAUGGGAUAAGGAAUCAAAAGCUCAUUUAUUGAAACAGAAAAUGUGUGUCGAACAACAAUGCCAAGAUGUUCAGGAAUUGAAACAUACUCUUCAUAUUACAAAAGAGGGUAUGCAAAUUUUGCAAGUGAAAUGCUGGGAGGAGUUUAACAAUAUAGGUAAUCAUUUGCGUUCGCUAGCCCAUGCUGCAGCAGGAUACCAACGAGUUCUUGAGGAAAACCGCAAGUUAUACAAUCAACUUCAAGACUUGAAAGGAAAUAUUCGAGUGUACUGUCGAGUAAGGCCAUUUUUAGGAGGGCAAUCAACUCGUCUAGUUAGUGUUCUGGAUAACAUAGAUGAAGGAAGCAUUACUAUUGUAACCCCUUCCAAGUAUGGAAAAGGACGAAAAGCAUUUACUUUCAACAAAGUAUUUGGUCCCUCAGCAAGCCAAGCUGAGGUGUUCUCAGAUACUCAACCUUUGAUUCGUUCUGUUCUUGAUGGUUAUAAUGUUUGUAUAUUUGCUUAUGGCCAAACAGGAACGGGAAAAACUUACACUAUGACUGGACCUAAGGAGCUUACUGAGGAAGGCCUAGGUGUAAACUACAGGGCAUUGGGUGAUCUAUUUCUUCUCUCAGAGAAGAGGAAAGAUACCAUUUGCUAUGAAAUUUCUGUGCAGAUGCUUGAGAUUUACAAUGAGCAAGUCAGGGAUCUCCUUGUGAGUGAUGGUGAAAUUCGAAACAGCUCCAGUAAUGGGAUCAAUGUACCAGAUGCAAACCUUGUGCCAGUAUCAUCAACAUCAGAUGUUAUAAAUUUGAUGAACCUUGGGCACAAAAAUCGUGCAGUUGGUGCUACAGCCAUGAAUGAUCAAAGCAGUCGAUCUCAUAGCUGCUUGACUGUUCAUGUUCAAGGAAGAGACCUAACAUCUGGGACCAUUAUUCGUGGCUCUCUGCAUCUGGUUGACCUGGCAGGUAGUGAGAGGGUAGAUAAAUCCGAGGUAAUGGGAGAUAGGUUGAAGGAGGCUGUACACAUCAACAAAUCUCUUUCUGCUUUAGGAGAUGUCAUUGCCUCUCUUGCUCAAAAAGGUUCACAUGUUCCCUAUAGGAACAGUAAACUCACUCAAUUGCUUCAAGACUCACUUGGAGGACAAGCCAAAACGCUAAUGUUUGUUCACAUUAGUCCAGAGCCUGAAGCUCUUUCCGAAACAAUUAGUACACUCAAAUUUGCUGAACGGGUUGCCACUGUUGAGCUAGGUGCUGCUAAAGUUAACAAAGAUACUGGAGAAGUGAAAGAGCUAAAAGAACAGAUAGCUAGCCUUAAAGCGGCCUUAGCAAGGAAGGAAGAAGUUGAUAACACAAACUACACUCAGACAGGCAGCUCUUUACAUCCUAAAUUCCGUAGUACUGGUGAUAUGUCCAGCAGUCGCAGGCAAUCAUUGGACAAUGCUAUUACCAGAAAGAAUGAUUCCUCAUCCACUUCAAGGAGACACAGCCUUGAUCUCCAAGAAUUGUCAGCACAUUCAUCUGAAUCAUCUCUGUGGCCACAGCUUAGCAGUCCUGCUUUGAGUAUAAAGGAUGAUGAUAGAGGAUCAGUUUCUAGUGAUUGGGUUGAUAAGGUUAUGUUGAACAAGGGUGAAAACUUAAACUUUGGAAGUUUGGAACCUGAGAAGUUAUACCAGAGUUGUAUUCCUGUUCCUACGAAGAUAUUCCCAGAACAUAACUCAGAUAAAUUUACUGCAAACAGAAGGGACAGCCAAGAUUCUGAUGUACUGCAAACUCAGUAUGAAUUUGUAACCACUGAUGACUCAGACUUUGAUGCUGCGACAAGUGAUUAUUCAGAGACAGACUCAUUGUGGCAAUCCAGUAUUCCCAAAGUUACCAACAUUCCGAGUGGUGUGGGGCCUAAGGCAAAGAAACCCAACCCCAAGGCAGCAAAAAGCACUGAAACUAGAAGUUCAAUUCCAUCCUUAAUUCCUUCUAUGCAAGCACGUAAAGCCUCCAAUGGUGUUAAUUCAAACUUGCACAAGCCUGGAAGACAGAAAGUUACUGUGGGUGGAAGGCGAAAAAUUGGACAUGCAAAGUAAGCAUAGACCAUACAAAGUGUGUGGUAAGGGAACUGUCCUUGCCAUUCUUUCCUUUUAUUUAUUUAUUUUUCCACCUUUUCUUGUGUAUCCAUAUUCCAUCAUUUAGUUGUAGAAAGAGAGAAAGAAAGCGACAUAUAUCAAGUUGCAACCAAAUCAGUUGCCUGUUUUUCAAUUGUGGCAUCAUGGUAUUGUUCCAUGUCUUUGAGUUGCUUACACGGGUGUGGAUUUCCUGA